AUGAAGAUCAAGAAGAAGGACCUGCGCAAGCGCGAGGCGCAGCUGCCGAUUAACUACCCGGAUCCCGAUGUCCUUCCUGACUCACUGCCAGGGGGCAUCAUCAACCUCGAGACAGAAAUGGUGCAGGUGGAGAUUCUGUGUAAGCGACUAGCCCACAACGAGGUGGCAGUGCGUGAUGCCGUUCUGGCCGAGGUGCCACACUAUCUGGAGCGACUCACUGACGCCAUGGCGGAGAUGGAGAAAGCCUAUGAGGCCGAGAUAGCCGAGGUGCGGGCUUACUUCACGACGCACCCAAAGACGCCAAACCCGUACCGCUACGAGAACCUUCCGCUCGCGCUGCAGCAGUUCCGAGAGAAGGCCACUGAGCAGGAGCGCAAGGACCGCCGGCGCAUGACCAUGCGCGAAUUCCGCCAUCGGCAGGCGCAGGAGCGGCGUGACAAGGAGAGCUAUGGCCGCUACGGCAGCCCCGCAGGGGAUUCCGUAGCGGGCAACGAUGUCGAUCCGGAAGCUAGUCUGAACGCCGGACCGAAGCCGGCGCAUGUGUAUCAAGGCCAGAAUGUGCACCGCGAGCGUUAUCAGACUUGGAUGGAGGCAUGGUGCAAUUUGGAGCUUGUGUUUCUGAAACUCUGCCGCGGGAUCUUCUUCUGCCUAUGGCACUCUGAUAAGCCGCUCGUACAGCUCGCCUGCGCGCAGAAGAUCGCGGACCUUCUUCAUGCCCCGCGCUCGACGCGCUGCAAGGUGCUCUUUUAUGGGUCUCUCUUCCGCGUGCUGGCGCGCGAGUGGCCCACGAUUGACCGGUACCGCAUGGACAAGUAUCUGGCCCUCGUGCGUCGUAUGGUGUUCGGGUACGUGAAGUUUGUGAAGGAUGUGCGCGACGACAAUGCAAUGGGUCCAUCACUUAGUACUUUUCCUGCAAAGCGAGACAGCAACGCCUCCGCAGCGCAGCGGUCUCCAUCCGAGAAGAGCAAGAAGAGCACUAAGCGAAGUCGCGACGGUGAGGGCGCGGAGGCGGAGGCGGAGGAUGACACCACGGCUCUUGGUUCGUUGUGGAAGACAGCCGCUGGUAUCUCUCAGGCGUCUUUGCGCAAGUACAUGGGGACUGCCACUGCCGCCGUAAACGUAGCGGGCGAAAUCUUCUACAUUUUGCAGCGUCAGAUCUUCUCGUCAAGCACGAGUGUCGGCCUGACGAUGCACAUCUGCGAUGUGGCCUUUGAUGAGCUUGUCAGAGCAGAGCUUGGCACGAACCUCUUCCUCGCCUUGUCUGCCGGCAUUCCCCUCUACGCCAUGAGCCAAGGCAACUACGUGGAGAAGCGAGUACUGGACAACUUCUUUCCCCCGCUGGCCGGCGGCGUGUACGCGCAGAGGCGCGCGGAGCAGCUAGCGCAGGCGAUGAGGGCCAAGGCACUGGGGGCUCAGAAGCGUGCUAGCAAGAGAAACGGCAACGGAGACCCCACAGCUUCACCGGAGGCUAUUGAGGCUUUGGCCGCAGAGCAGGCGGCCGCUGAGGCUCGCACCGUGAUGCAGGAGGUUGCGUUUUGCUGCAGCAAGUACGCUGUUGCCCGCGGGGUGGCGUGUGAGGCGCGUCCCAUGUUCUCUGAGGCAGAGCUCAUCAUGCGGCAAUCGGCGGAUCCUGAGCACUUCGAGCCACUAACGCACACGGCUCAGCGUCGGCGCAUCGAACAGGAGUUGAAGGAGGUGGAUGGGACGCGUGAAAAGGUUCGCAGCGAGCGCCAGGCAAUGCGUGAAAUGAAGAUGCAGGACCGUCACGCAGCGCUCAAAGAGAAGGUCAAGGCGCGCGAGGCGGCUGUUCUGGCGGAGAAGGGCCACAAGGCUGCGGGUGUGAGCAAAUCGGUGCUGCGGAAGCAAAUCAUUGCCGAGGAAAUGCGGGCGAAGAGAAAGCCGGUGCACAAUACGAAGCGCAAGAAGGCUUAUAACCUCACAAAGAAGGAUCUCUAUGGUGACCCCGACGAGGAGGGUGGCGACGACUAG